AUGGGUAGGUCUCCAUGCUGUGAUAAGAAUGGUUUAAAGAAAGGGCCAUGGACACCAGAAGAAGAUCAGAAACUCUUGGCUUACAUUGAAGAACAUGGCCAUGGAAGCUGGCGCUCUCUACCUCAGAAAGCUGGUCUCCAAAGAUGUGGAAAGAGCUGCAGACUGAGAUGGACUAAUUACCUAAGACCAGACAUCAAGAGAGGCAAAUUCACUGUACAAGAAGAACAAACCAUCAUUCAACUCCACGCUCUCCUCGGAAACAGAUGGUCAGCGAUUGCAACUCACUUAGCAAAAAGGACAGACAACGAGAUAAAGAACUAUUGGAACACACACUUGAAGAAACGUCUGGUGAAAAUGGGGAUAGAUCCAGUGACACACAAGCACAAAAACGAGACUCUCUUGUCUUCCACAGGUCAAUCCAAGAACUUAGCCACGCUUAGCCACAUGGCUCAAUGGGAGAGUGCUCGUCUCGAAGCUGAAGCAAGGCUAGCUAGAGAAUCAAAGCUACUCCAUAUACAGCAUCACCAAAACAACAAACCAACAGCUCCUAAUCAUUGCUUGACUCAGAAGGCAUCAACAAGUUGGUCAAAACCAAACGAAGGAAACGGAGAUCAACAGCUUGAAUCUCCGACGUCGACAGUGACAUUCUCCGAGAAUCUCCCUCUGAUGAUCAUGCAUUUAGGUAUCCCCACGGAAAACAGAAACAGCAGAGUCAAAGAUUCCGAACACGAGUGGAUGAGGCAAAUUAACUGUCCGACAGAAGUAAUGAUGCAAGAAGGAUUCACGAGCCUUCUGCUCGGAGAUUCAGGUGAUCUUAGUCUCUCUAAGUCCACAGCGGCCGGCGCGGUUGAGGUGAAUGAGAGUGAGUAUAGCUACUAUGAGGAUAACAAGAACUACUGGAAUAGCAUUCUCAACUUGGUUGAUUCCUCACCCUCCGAUUCAUCAACCAUGUUCUGAUCUAAGGCUCAACGGUGAUUCCGCCAAAUAUUUAAAAUUCUCAUAUUGUGUUAUGUUUAUAUCUUCCAAUACUUUUUUUUUUCUUUACGUUAUUUA